AAAGGCGAACGCGUCGGUUGAAAAAGAUUUUUUAAAAUAAGUCGCACGGCGGUGCGUGUCAAAAGUGGCAGCGCGUUUAGUACACGUACUAUCCAUACGAGUAUGAGUGUGUGCUGAACAUCUAUAUUAUAUCUGAACCAGUAAAAAAUUACCGAAACAAAAACAACUAAGCGCGUGUAUAAGCAGUAUCGAAAAUAUAUAAGAAUACACAACAACAAAUAAGUGAAAAUAUAUUAACGUGUUUUUCUUGGUUCCGUGGCUCAUUCAGAAAUUAUUGAGAAUUCAAAAUAAUGUUAUUUUUAUAAAUUUUACUUAAUAAAAUGGUUUUUCAGUAAUACGCAGUUAGUGAAUAUUCAAAAAAAAAAAAUCCUCCUUUUGCUACGAAGCUUUAAUUCAAAUGCAGCUCAAGUGCCAUAGUGAAAAGCCUUAAAUAAUAAAAAAAAAAUAUCCGCACCAAUUCAGUACCUGUGUGCUUCGGCAAAACGUUUGCCAACUUUCCAUAUUUGAGGUUAUGUUCGACGCGUUGUGAAAAUGAAAGUGCUACUUCACGUUCUUCUUUCUUGUAUGCUAUUUCAACUAACUGCACAGUUAACUACAGCCUUUGAAGUUGUAAAAAUUGGUGUGAUAUUCUUCAACGAUGAAUGGGAAUUAGUUAGUGCUUUUGACACAGCCAUACGUGAUAUCAAUGAACUUGAAAUGGAUGUGCGUUUGGAGCCAAUUAAACAUUUUAUUAGCUAUGAUGAUAGUCUAACACUGCAAGAAUUGGCAUGCGAUUUGAUUGACAAUGGUGCUGCUGCUAUAUUCGGCCCAAGUUCAAAGACAAACAGUGAUGCUGAGCGUGCAGAGGAUCGUGCCAGGAUUUGUUAG